UCCGUGUUUUGAGUUUAAGUUUAAGAUGGGGGGCCAGCAUUCUCAAUUCACGGAAGAAGAACUGAAAGAUUAUCAGGAACUGACGUACUUUACUCAAAAGGAAAUCUUACAUUGUCAUAAAAGAUUUUCACAACUUGAUCCAGACGCUGUGAGACUUAACAAAAAUGCAAAACUUUCAUCAAGAUUGAUCAUGACCUUACCAGAGCUAAGGGUGAAUCCCUUUAAAGACAGAAUUUGUAAAGUAUUUUCCUCAUCCAAGGAUGGAGAACUGACAUUUGAAGAUUUCCUGGAUAUGAUGUCUGUUUUCAGUGAAAAUGCUCCUAAGAGUGUAAAAGUGGAGUAUGCUUUUAGGAUUUAUGAUUUCAAUGACGAUGAUUACAUCUGUGAUAAUGAUCUAAAAAAAGUUAUCCAGCGACUGUGUGGGGAGCAGAGGUUGUCUGAUGAUAAUGUGAAUGCUUUAAUUCAAAAGAUAUUUGACGAAGCUGAUCUGGAUGAUGACAGUCAACUUUCUUUUGCUGAAUUUGAGCACGUGAUAUCAAAGGCACCAGACUUUGUUAACUCUUUCAGGAUCCGUGUGUAAAGACCAUCAGUCCAACACAGCUCUAAUGCAUUUCUCGUCCAUGGACUGUCGUUAAUUUCAAUAUUUGUAAACUGGUAAACUGGUAGUUGUGGGGCGUUGCUUUGUUACAGACAAAGAUUAUUUCAAUGCAUUAGGGGAGAUUAAUAGAGCUUAAAUCAGGUGUGAAUUUUUUAAGGCGGGUCCUUAGCUUGAAUACAUGCAAAAGUGUUUUGUAAAUGAGAGUAAGUGAGUAAUCAUCCUGAGGAGCUAAACAUCUAUUUUUGCCGUUACUCGCACACCCUCAUUCGUUUGUAUUUGUACAGUGUAUACUACCUUUGCAUGACACUUUCUUAAUGCUAGUUAACGUGUCGUUCUUCUGAGAAACUCAUAGUGAUUAGAGAUUUGGGGUUUACAAGACUGCUAUGAAAAAAAAUUUUGGAUAAUGAUCGCGAUCCAGAUAGAACAUUCUCCGCUUUGAUGUACGUGAGUAAAUACUCGACUUUAGGCAGACGGCACUACUUUCUGAUCUGUGCUAUCGGUGUUUGCCGGGUCUCUGGCCAUUUCUGUGUAUGACUGAAUCGGGAAAUUCCAUGUGUGCUUUUUGAUUACGUGAACAUGUUGACUAGAAAUGAAGAUUUUAAAGAGGGGGGGAGGGGUUCUUUCAUACAUCGAGAGGCUGCAACAUUCGAUAUUUCUAUAUUAGCUUUGUAAAAUAAAGGCACAUUUGCACUAACUGAACUUUGUAUGCCGGCUUUGAAAUUCUGUAAUCUCUGAGAAAUAUCAUCAUAAAAAAUUCUCUACGAUUGGGUCAGCUGUGUCUUUAACUGUAGCUUUCGCUAUGUCGUGAAACUUACUUGUAUCACUCAAACUUUUUUGCUUCUGUGAGCAUCAUAAUUUUUAAUUUUUGUACAAUGACGGGUGAAUUAGUUUAGGAUACGUAAGCUUGUUGCUUAUCCAGAGCGUUUAGAUGUUACGUAAGGGACGUGUUUGGUAGUGAGCUUGGGUGCUCUUCUUUAUUUAUCACAAAUAAACUAAUUUUGAUAAACUGGG